AGCCUGUCGAGUGCGCUAAAACGAUACGGUAUUGCCAGUCACUAAGAAUGUUAAAAGCAGGUUUUGAAAGCGUUUCCUAGCUUCGCAAAGAAAGAUGGAAGUUGCCAGCACGACAAAACCAACACAUGUAAAGAAGAUGAACUCAGUAAAAGAUCGUGAUUACAACAUAGUUCUGCUUGGCCAGGGAGGCGUUGGGAAAUCAGGUAAAUUAUAGACACGGUUCUUACGAAAACGGGAUCCUGUAAUUAACUUAAGUGGUCGGUAGUGUGGUAUUUUGCUGUUAAUCGCGUAAUGUAUUAUCAGUGAGUUGUCAUUGAAAGAAUCUCGAUUAUCAGUAUUGAACAGUGGCAACUGAUCCAUGAUUCAGUCAACACGUUAGGACAAGCAUGGUAUGGCUUUUAAUUAUCAUGAACAUUGAAAUAACUAACUUUGAGAUAACUGAAAGGCAUGUAGGAAUGCGGUAUAUCAUAGGUAUACAUUCCAUGACAUUGAUGACAAUAUAGCAUGGAAACAUCGUAUCAUCGCGGCAGAUCUAUAUGUAACCAAUUUGUUACACAUAUAAAUAGAGAUUGAACGAUAUUUUGACAAUAUGUUUUUAUUGCCAAGAGAAUUGAACAACAAGGAGGCUUUAGACUAGGCAAACAAAUGAAAACAAAACUGUUAAAGCAGAGCUGCUUCAAACACCAUGAUAUAAAUUUACAUUCAAUAUUCAUUUUUUAAUUGUCAAUAUACUUCUCGUUAUUAGCCUAUAUGACUCAUGUAUUUAUAAAAAAGACCCUUGUCUAUGAUCAGACGAUUGGUGGCCAUUAAUAGGAACGCUUUAUUUACUUUGUGUCUGAACUACCUGAAAAAUACUAAAAAUGCCUAACUUUUUCAAUUUAACAACAACAGUAAUGUUUCACUGAUCAAUUAUUUAAUAAUGGUGUAACCACCAGCUCACCCGCCGUUGAGAUAUAGCCAUCCAUUCCUCCUGCAACAAUUGAGCCAAAUCAUCCAGAGUGCUGUACUUCCAACCGACGAUAGACAGAUCGCUUUUGCUGGUCCCAAAGGUACUCAAUUGGGUUGAGAUCUGGCGAGUUCCCAGGCCACAUCAUUCUCUUUCUGAGGAUAUGAUAGGGCCUUGAAGUUAUCGAGAAGUGUGGUGGUUAUAUAUACACCCAUUAUUAAAUCAUUGAUGAAACAAUUUACUGUUGUAGGUUGUGAAAAUUUAAAUAAAGUCACUCUUGUUAAUUUUGAAAUUGGGUAUUUUUGUAUUCAAUGGAAGUCUUUCUUUAAAGCACGAAUUACCCCAUUCUUCAAACAGCAUUCAAUUUAUUUAGAACUUAUGAUGAUAUAUUUAGGGGGAACUUUCUUUUUGUGCGGUGUUUAUAAGCCAUAAGACGUAUAUACCAUGCACUGGACAAUUGUAUACAACAGUUUAUUUUGAUGAUAAGGGUAUAUUUUGUUUGCGAUGUUACUCUGAGUGUAUAUCCACACCGGGCGAGCUUGAAAAAUAUGCCCGGCCACGGUGGGAAUCGAACUUAUACGACCUUUGGAAUACUAGCCCAAUGCUCUGCCAACUGAGCUACGCGGUCAAGUUGGUUCGAGUGAGUGAUAUUUCGGAACAGAAUCUAUAUAGUUCCUUCGAUACCAAUGUAAUCAGUAAUAUGAUUUUUUCUGUGUUGGUGUUGUAUUCUUACUCGAACCGACCUGACCGCGUAGCUCAGUUGGCAGAGCAUUGGGCUAGUAUUCCAACGGUCGUAGGUUCGAUUCCCACCGUGGCCGGGCAUAUUUUUCAAGCUCGCCCGGUGUGUAUGCAUGAUAUACACUCAGAGUAAUAUCACAAACAUCAUAUCCACCUGAGUACACAACACCAACACAGAAAAAUCAACGGUAUAUUUGCUGGCCUAGGCCUGGGGCCGUUUGUCCCGUUUUGCAGUUAAACACUAGUUAACUCUUAAAUACGCGAUUCCGAUUGGUUACCUUUUCAUUCAACCGGCCCCAGUCUGUGACAUCAGAACGCCAGGGAUCUUAAAUUUACUAUCGUGAAAACAGUAUUUCGAAUUUUCGUGCAGGGCUCUUUGACAGGUUAGUAUGAUUUUAACAUCCUGCAGCCGUAACGAAGGACAUUUUAUCGAAUUCGAACGAUGAAAUGCAUGUUUUAAUUAAGAGGCAUUUUUUUUCAAUUGCCGUUUUAUACUAGAGACGCAUUAUGUGUCUGGACGCAUAAUCCGUCUUCUACAUUAUUCGUCUAUUAUAAAGACGGGACGAAUAAUCAGACGAACUAUCAGCAUUUAUUGUUCGUCUGGUUAUGCGUCCUCAGUAUAAAGACGGGCACAAGACGCAUUAUGCAUCUAUAGACGAACUAUCAUCGGUUGUGCGUCUCUUAAGACGAAGAAUCGAACAUAGGGGCUGCCCGCAGGCUAGUCUUUAUACUGAGGACGCAUAACCAGACGAACAACAAAUGCUUGCCCAAGUUCGUCCAGACGCAUAAUGCGUCUGCGUCUCUAGUAUGAAAACGGCCAAUGUCACGUAUCUGCCGUGAAAAGUGCUCAAAACCUAUCAAAAAUCUUUUUGGCAUUCCUCUCAAAAUUACUUUGUUUUAGCUUUUAUUCUCUAGUUUAUAGAGUUAGCUACCUUUUUAAAUGCAUCUUCCGGUUGAGAAACAUAAAAUAAUAGUUAAAAAUUGUCAAUUAAAAUACAAUUAUCAAUGUUGCUUUAAAAUGGACGCCAUAUAUUUACAGCAAUAUAAGCAAAACUUACUGAACUUCAGACAUCAUUUUCUCUUUGGCGUAUCAUCUAAAAUCUCUUCAUUUUAGCAUUAUUUUACAGAUAAAACACUAAACAUGGGCUACUUUUUCAGUUUGUUUGCCGAUUGAGAAACGUAUCGAAAACUAAAAAUUUUGAAUUUAGUCAUAACCUCAAGUGAUAUAUUAUACGAUUUAGUUUUGAGCGCCUGUUACGUAACAUACAAAAAAAUCUCCUCUUAAUGUUUUCUUAGGCAGUCGAUGCAUGCAAACCAAGCCAUCUCUAAUUUGCAGACUAAAUAGUAAAUACAGCGGAUCCCUGCUUCUUCUCGACAUUACCGUUAGAGCUACAAUCAUUGACAAAACACUAUAGCUUUGGACAAAAUAGCUAAACAGCGUACGUUUACAAAUAAUCGACCCCCCGCACGCCCCCGUUCAAUGUUGUGUGUGGAAAUACAGCGACCCAACAUUGCUUAGGGUGGGGGAGGGAGGGAUUGUGUUAUUAAGCUGAACAGUAUUUGGAAAUGCGCAGAUUUGUCUAUAUUAUAUCACUGUCCAAAAACCUUUUGUCACUGAUUGUAGCUAGUGCAGGGCAAUUUAGAUAAAUUUUCAUAUUCCUCCCUUUCUAUAGCUCUUCUUGUGAGGUUUUCUACAGGCAGGUUUAUCCACGAGUACCAUCCUACAUUAGGUAAGUGGAAAAUACUGAAAGAUUUAGACGGCAUACCUUACAUGAGCCAAACUUAUUCAUAUUUUGACUAUUAUAUGCAUGUUUGAUUUAAAUGGCCGUCAACGGUGGCCCGGGCGUGCUUCUCAUGCGCCAUACACAAUCUCGUUCCAAAGAGUAAAAAAAUUUCAAACAAUGAAUUAUUGACCCAAAAGUAUCCCACAAUGCACUAUGCCAAGGAAACUUGGUCGUCUGUGCGGAGCUUAUUUCUACAGAUGAAUCCUAUGAUUAAUGAAAACAGGCAGAAGCAUGUGUACAAUAUAUGCAGAAAAAGGUGCAUACUUUAGCACUGGCGUAGAACCAAGGGGGCUGCAGCCCCUAACAUUUUGCACAUAUACGGUGUGAAUGGACUUCCUAUUUUAUAAGUCAUGUGUCAUAUGCAUAUAUAUAGAUAUAGAAAAAAAUAUGUAGUCCAUUCUAAAAAUGAUAUAGUCCAGUUUCUUUUUUAAUACUGUGAGCUUUUUUUCCAUCCCUACACUCGACCUACACUCCAACUCUUGAGUUCAAUUAUCAGCUUCAUUUGCUGGCUAUGUAUAUAACUCGCCGAGCCCCUCAGCAAGUCAUUCAAACUAAACAAAAAAAACGAAUGUGAAACAAAUUUUUUUGCAACAUUUUUGCUGUACAAGUUCUUCAAUUUUGCGCUAUAUGGGGCAUAAGCAGUGCUUAGUUAUAUAUGAGUCUGCUCGAUCUUUUGACUGCGCCCGCACUACCCUUACCCUGGAAUUCCGUGUUGAGAUAGGGGUACUCUUCUAUCACCACCGGAGCUUAUAUAGAGGAAAGUUAAAUAACAAACUCGGAAAGUAUAAACGACGACACGCGAAUAAGAAAAUUGAGCCUUCACUAUUUGUUCAGCAGUCUGCUUUUACAAUCCCUGUUUUACACUCAAAUAUCCCUUUAGAACUUAUUUUUCACCAGUUUUUUUUUAAAUUUGUUAAAACAAGUUUUUAAAUCUGCUUUACAGAAAGUAAAAAUAAAUAAUUUCAAGUGUUUUAAAAUUUUUAAUUUUUGAAAACAUACGAUUUUCAGAAUUUCCUUCUACUUUCUUUCCAGAUGAACAAAUUUCCUUCCAAAUUGUAUUUCCUUAUUUUUCUUUCCAUCAGCCAUAAUUUCCUUUGGGAAGGAAAUUUCCUUCCAAGUGGAAGCGCUGGACACGAUGGCCUAAAAUAAAUGUACUUACUUCACAUUGGGUUACAUUAUAUACCCUCGAUUUCAAGCUAUAUAUUGUAUCGUGCUCACUCAAGCAAAUUGGGAAAUAAAACCUGCUGAAUUUUGUUUACUGACAUUGUAAUUUCUGCUUUUACAGAGUUUAACUGUGAAACGACUUCAGUAAUUGAUGAAGAAAUUGCUGAGCUGAAAAUAUUCGAUACUGCAAACACGGUGAGAUGAAUAUUAAGCAGGUUCAGUUUGUUAUAGGGAGUCUUCUCUGCUUUUCACUUCGUAAUUUAGCACUUUGGUUUCAGUGCUACGUGGCUGUGUCAUGGGCGAGACAUACUACUCACUCAGGGGAGAAAGUGUGUGACACGCACUCCAUGCGCACUGGCCACACAGCGGCGUGGGAAACCAUGGUGUAUACAAAUUUAAAUUACUCGCGCAAACCAUAGCUACGCAAAAUUACAACUGAAUGAAAAACAAUCUGUGCAAAAAUGUUUCCUUUCAUAAUAUGUGCGAAAAAUAAUUAAUGUGUAAAUGUUUUCCGCCGAGACACAAAGGGCACUUUCCAUUUAAUCGAUCAGACUGGUGAGACCAGAAUUUCUGCCUCUGUAGUAAUGGCAGAUCUGGCCCACGUUUCUCAAAAAUGGACCUCCUUCUGAUUUGAUGCAAAUUUUCGGGUCCAAACUCCAAAUGUUUUGUGUUCCAUUUCAACAAUUUGAUCGUUCUGAAAGGUCCGAACGUACGUGUUGACAGAAAGCGCCCAUAAUGCUGAUAUUUAGAAAAGUAACUUACAAAUCAUUCAAUACGACUUAUGUGUCAUAUGUAUUAAGGGGCGGACCAUUAGAAAUCCCGGGAGGGGGGUGUGAAAAUUCCCCCAAAAAAAUUCGUGCAAAGAAAAAUGCCUGGAAAAAAAAUUCGUGCAGCCAUUACGUCAGAGAAAAAAAAUUCGUGCAAGCAAACAGCAAAGUACAAGUAGUCUUGAAAAAAAUUCCUGCAGAGACAUGAGACUGAAAAAAAAAUUCGUGCCGCAAAAAUUUUAUACCCCCCCUCCCGGGAUUUCUAAUGGUCCGCCCCUAACUGUAUUUGCCCGCAUUUGACUGUCAUGUUAAUUAAUAUCCUCUUGGGAUUUCCUCGAGUUCAAGUGGCUAGCAAAUUUAAGCACGUUCUCGUCUGUCAUUUUAACAAGAAAAACAACCAUCAAGGAUGUUUCUAUAUUUUUGUUCCGUUUCGAGGGGGGCUAAAGUAACAACAUGGACCAUGGGCAUGAGGGAGGGGACAUUAAAUGAUGCAAGUUUUAGUAAUUUAUUUAUUAAUCACGUAUUGCUUAGACAUGUACUUUUGUUGUUUUAGAACGAGCCUCAUGUUUACCACAACGAAUAUCAAGGUUUUGUUGUUGUCUACUCCAUCACAGAUCGUAUGAGUUUUGAAACAGCAAAACAGUUAGUGAAAUUAACACGAGAAGUAAAGAAAAUGAAGACGCCGGGUGGUUUUACAUGUGUUGCCUUAGUAGGAAAUAAGAUGGACUUAAAACAUGAAAGAAUUGUAAGCAGGCAUGAAGCAAAUGACUUUGCAACAGAACACGAGUGUCUAUUCAUGGAAAGUUCUGCACUGAAUAAUAUUAAUGUCGAGCAAGUAUUCCAUGAAGUCGUGCGACAGAUGAGAAAAUGCAGGAAUUAUAAAAAGAAGGACAAGAAAGGAAAGAAUUUCUUUUCCAGAUAAAAUUUUAACCAUGCAUUAUAUGUAAAUGUUCUUCUUCGAUUGCGUCGCCUCAACAUUUAGUUUGAAUGAAAGUUUAUGCGAGUUGGGCCGUAAGUGAAAAAAGGGAGUAUUCUUGCGUGUUUAGCCACCUUGCAUGGAAAUAUUGUUAUAGCCUUCAUAGCAAACAGGCGUUACGCAGGCUAAUAUUGUUGCGGAAACAAAAAUGGCUUCAGAAAGCAAAAAGAUUUACCGACAAAUUCAGUGACGUAUUUUGCUGAAAAGUACAUAAAUAUUUAGUUUGCUUUAGAAACAAUUCUUCCUGACCUGCCAGCUUUCGGAAAACGGGGCUGUGAUUAAUCUGUAGAUCAAGAGAAUUAAAAUUAACGAAAUAUUACACCUG